CGUCGUCGGAACAGUGCGCUUUGCUGCCUUGCCCGCAUGCCUUGCUUUUGCUGAUUUCACUAGCUUAGCUACCUUGCUAGCGUACUCGGCUUGUUAGCUUCUUCGUCAUCGCGCGCUGACGCUGACACUGCUGGUGAUGGUGAUGGCUUUGAUGUAGUCUUCCAGUGCGCUAAUCGCAGCAAAGCAGUCGGCCGGCGAGUGUUGUGGCCGUUCCAUUUUUCGAAGCUAUUUUGUUUCCAUUUGCGCGUUGAACGCGAGCGGUGAUGUGUAAAUACGCGUGCGUGCAUUGCGUGUGGUGCGUUUAAAAGUUUUUAUUUGCUAAUGCUAAAGCAGAGUGUAGCAAAUAAUUUAAUAAAAAAAAACUGAUAUAAAUGUUGGCCGCGAUUUUUUCGGGGCAGCGUGCCAAACAAGUAAAAAUUUAAUUUUUUAUUGGAAAUAAAAAUAAAGACUGUGCCUUAAAAAUACCAGCGUUUGGCUGCUGCUGAUCUUCACUUUGCGUGUGGUGCCAUGAAAUAAUUUCCACAAAAGAAAUGUAAAGUAAUAGCUCGACGCGUCUUUUCGCACUUUUUUAUUGGAAAAAAGUUUCUGAAGAAAUAUUCGCCAAGAGCUGCUGACUCACCUGUGAUUAUACGCGAGAUUUGUACCUACGGCGUCUUUGUUUAUAAGUGUCUCGUGUGUAUGUAAACAAAAUCUUGGCUGGAAUUUAAACUUAACAGCUGCAGAAAUCUCUGUACUUUGCUUGCUAGUUCAAAGAAAUCGAAUAAAAAAAAACAAGAUCUGCACAAUUAGUCAUUGUUAUUUAGAUCGAAGCAAAAUACAUAUAAAUAAAAGUGCAACUGUCAACAAGCGUCCAAUAGAAAGAUGGCUAUUCCACCACCGCCCGGCCCACCGCCGCCACCAGGUCCACCACCGCCUCCGGCAAUGGGAGGCCUGAAGUUAGGUGGUGCCGGUGGUGGAGAUGUGCGUUCAGCGCUCCUACAGUCCAUACAAAAGGGCACUAAACUGAAAAAGACUACAACGGUUGAUAAAAGCGGACCAGCCCUAGCAGGAAAGAUUUGCGAUUCAACGUCAUCCGCAACGAGUUCACCGAAACGAAUACACAACAAUAACAACAACAUCAGCAAUAGCAAUAACAACAAUGUGGGCAAUGGCGCACCAAAACUGGGUGGCCUAUUCGAAGGGCUGACCUCAAUGCCCAAACUGAAGCCAGUCAAUGGCAGUAGUCGUGCACAAGCACCAGCAGUCCCAACGGCGUCCAAUGACUCGUCGGCAGCGAAUAGACGCAACGACACAUCACCACCUGCGAAUGCAAGCACCGCCGGUGGCGGCAGCAGCAGUAAUGGUCCAUUAGAUUUCAAUGCCGAAUUAACUAAGCAUUUAACACUGAAGCGACAGAAGCAGCAGCAGCAACAACAACCGCCGAUCAAUGCAACCGAGGCGAAUUUACGCACAAAUCGUGGACCACCGCCGCAGCCACCAUCGACGCCACCGAAAAAUCUUUCAACGAGCGCCUCCGAUUCGGUGUUGGAGAAAACGCGAAAUGCCAGCGCGUCGUCUGGGGGCAUACGCGCCAGCCCGUUGGCGUCGAAUCACAACAAUAGCAAAGCAUCAUCACCUACUCUUUCGGAGAGUAGCAAUGGCAGCGGCAGCCACAAUAAAAUCGCUGUCACAAGUAACAGCAGCAGCCAAAGUAUCAAAAGUAAAGCGGCAAGCUUGAAUUUAUCGUUAGGAAAAACAAAUUCAAAUUUUGUAAAUAAUAAAAGUAGCCUGUUUAAUACAAACUCUUCUUCUACAACAACAACAACAUCAACUAUAACAACUACGCAAUCAACAACCUCUUAUAAUUCUAUCAUCAACAACAACACAACAACGACUCCAAAAAACAAUUCAAACUAUAAAAGCAGCCUGAACAGCACACUGUCCAAGACACAAUUCCAACAGCAGCAACAACAAAAAUCGCCCGCACCUAUCCGUGGCAGCAUCCUUCCGAACAAAUCCUCUUUAUUUGGCGCGAAUGGAGUUAGUAGUGGAGGUGCGGGCGGUACGACGGCAGCGUCGUUGGGUAGCACCAAUUCGCUUGCCACGCCCAUCCCGUCAUCAUCGUCACCGGCUAAUAAAUCGCCGACGCCAAGCGUGAAACCGGUGCCGAAUCAUGGCAAACCGAAUUUCGCGCCAAAGCCGCCAGGAUUGCAGCAAUUGGCGUUGGCGAGCAGUCAACGGCCGACAGUGUCGCGCCAUCACAGCAUGAAGUCACCAAGAUCACCACCAAUUACAGCGCCAGGUGCGCCUGUUUUUCCCACUCAACAACACUUUGGCACAAUGCGCGCCCCACUCGCUCAGCUGUACCAGUCACAAGAAGCGAUUAAUAGCAGCGGUAUGCGAAUGGCACCAAAUCCACCAAUUGGUCGUCCUACAGUGGCACCACCCAAACCGCCAUCAGUGAAACCACCGCCACCACCAACACCAGCGCGCAGCGUCUCCAAUACUAAUCUAAAUAGUAUGGUGGGACAAAAUGUAGCUACUUCAGCUGCUGCUGGCAGCUCGUCAACUCCUUAUAGCGCUGUGAACACAACACUUAUCUCUUCCGUAACCAGCAAUUACUCAUCGCCAACCACCACACAGCCACCUUCCAAUUCGUCUUCCUCCAGUAGUGUGUCAGCGUUGCGUGAUCAAUUCCGUAGCGCUACAAAUGCGACACCACCACCACCACCGCCACCCUCAGCCGCCACGGCCAAUGCGAAGUCAACUGCGAUUGUUAGUGGCGCGCAACCAGGUGUUGGUCAAAGCAGUCCGGGCAGCCCUGCCGCCAGCAGGCAGUCAUUGAAUCGCGAUAAGUCGAUAAAACCGAUCAUAUUGAAUGGUGGAAUAUUGAAUGCGCCACCACUGCCACCGCAUCGGACUUGUCCAGCACCACCACCACCGCAACGACAAACAAGUAAUCAGACUGGCAAUAGUGCGCCUCCAGUGCCGCCACAACGACACUCCUCUAUACGCGCCAACGCACCUGUAACACCGCCAACGGCAAGCAACAAUAACAUGCCCAUGUUCGGCAACAAUGCAGGCAAUUUGGCGCACGCUAAUUCAGUCAGCCGUUUGGUUACCGAUUUGGAAUCGAGAUUUGGCAAACGCUUUCAUAAUGUUACCGAAUUCCCGAAACCGCCACCAUUCCUAAAUAUCCCAAAAGUGUAUUCGAGCCGAGCGGCCAAAGCGAAUGCGCCACUUCCAGGCAAUAAUAACAACAACAAUAACAACAAUGUUGAUGGCCAAAGCAAUAACACCGCAGUACCGCCACCAGUAGCAUCAUCAGUGACAACAACAACAACACCAGCAGAUACAGCAGCACCUUCAACCCGCAAGCCGAUACAACCCAUCUUUCCGCUGGGUGUAAAAAAGCAUCGAGCACCUGCCCCACCGCCACAAGCUGGCGUAGCGGCAGCAACGGUAUCUGUGAUAAGACAAUCGAGUUUCCUGUAUGGCAGCGCGGGUGUAGGCGGCGCGUCUACUCAACAACAACAACAGGCACAACAAUGGUAAAAUAAGGAAAGCUAUAUCACCUACAAGCGC